AUGGCUUCUGCAACGACACAGCGCAGGUUCGCGCCAUUGAACUCCAAUGACAGCGAGCACCCCCCAUUGAAAGGCAUCGUUUUUGAUGUUGACGGAACGCUCUGCCUGCCACAGCAUCAUAUGUUUCAAGAGAUGCGGGAUGCCCUUGGUAUAGAGAAGGGCGUUGAUAUAAUCCAUCAUAUCCGCGGCCUCCCCACCUUCACGGAGAGGACAGAUGCCAUCGCAGUAGUUCGGAGCAUCGAGCGCGAGGCAAUGGUAAAACAGGUUCCUCAGCCAGGCCUCAUCGAGCUCAUGGAUUAUCUUAAUUCAAAGGGCGUCAAGAGGGCAUUGUGUACGCGCAACUUCGAUGGCCCGGUCAAUCAUCUUAUCAAGUCUCAUCUCCCUACUCAUAUCUUUGCACCGAUUGUGACUCGCGAUACGCCUAAUAUAAUGCCCAAGCCUGAUCCAGCUGGAAUCUUGCAUAUCGCACGCGCCUGGAACCUUGAAGAUGCUGGCGAUUUGAUCAUGGUUGGUGAUAGUUUGGAUGAUAUGACGGCCGGCCACAAAGCUGGAGCUGCUACUGUGUUGCUCAUAAACGAGAAAAACCAGGAUCUCAAAGACCACGAACAUACGGAUCUAUGCAUCGAACGUCUAGACGACUUGAUCGAUGUAUUGGAGAACGGGUUCCAAGUGGUUAGAGAAAGGUCUUGA